CAUCUCGUACUGAAGCGGCGGCGGCGGCGGCGGCAGGGCGGCGGGUCUGAUCCGCGGGCAGCACGGAGCGCUUUACCCGCAGAUCUACAGCAGCGGCGGCGGCGGAUAUACAGGUUUGUGUCUGAAAGAUAAAGGAGCUUCUUCACCCUACAGCUAUCGGACAGAAGACUCCCAGUGAUGGAAGGCCAGUGAUUGGGUGUUUCUUUCUAUGGCUCAGAGGAAGAGGUCAGGGGCCAGCAGCACCAGCAGCAUGGCCUCGGCGGAGCUCCACGCUCCCUACCCCAGCGCCCCUGCAGAGCGCCCCCCGGAGGAGUACGAGGAGCAUCCUGUGGACUCUGAAGCAUCUGCUGUUCCCUACUGUGACCAAGAGGAGGAGCAUCUACCCAACAGCCGCCCUGCCACUCCCACCACUCCUGACCACGGGCGCUCUGACUACCGCGGCCGUGUGGACAGCCUGGACGGGGACUCCAGCUCGGACUACGUCAACAACACAUCGGAUGAAGAGGAAGACUAUGAUGAAGGACUGCCGGAGGAGGACGAGGGGGUGACGUACUAUAUUCGCUAUUGCCCCGAGGAUGACAGCUACCUGGAGGGCGUGGACUGUAAUGAGGAGACCGACUACGAGGCGGUCCGAGCCCCACCACCGCCGGACACGGACGAGUGCCAGGAAGCGGUGGAGGAGGAUGAGGAGGAGUGGGCCAGGGGGGAUGGCGAGGGGGACAUGGAAGGUGGGGAGGUGCGCUGUGAAAUUCUGGAGGAGCAGGACUCGGACCAGCAGAUUUACGACGGCAGGCCAGAACCCGUCCUGGACCACCAAAACCUGCACCAUCACCACCAUCACCACCACCAUCAUCCAGAAGCUCACCAGGACCACGCCCUACCUGCGGGCAGGAACCAGGAGGAGGAAGAAGACGGGGAGGAAAGCGAGGAUUACUGUCCCAAUGAAGAGGAAGAACCAGAGGAGGAGGAUCAGAACCGUGAGACAUACACAGGAGACUACUACGCCCCAGAGGACAAUGGGAACUCGUACAGGGGCCACAAGGGCAUAGAGGGCGAGACGGGCGAGGAGACGGAGGAGGAUAUCGAUCAGAUUGUGGCUGAGAUUAAAAUGAGCAUGAGCAUGGGCAGCCUCAGCAGCGGGACAGACCAAAGCCCGGAGGAGCUGGGACCCGAGACGGCCGCCAGCCGCUACCAGCCUGAAGCUCUGCCCAAACCCGAACCCGCUCCCACCCCGUACCCUCCACAACCCCACCGCCACGACGGCAGACCCAAAUCCCUCAAUAUCCCCUCCGCCGGGCACAACCCGCAGCCUCAGAGGGGCGUGAAGGGGCGGUCCCGCACACCAGAGGAAAGGAGGAGGUGGACACAGGAGCAGGUCAGAGAACAGGUGUGUAACGGUGCAGAACAGCCGAGGAAGCAGCAGCGCUCGGAUCUGAACGGCCCACUGGAGAACAACAACGUCCCAGAGUCCUCAAAGAAGACAGCGUCGUUCCCCAGCUUUGUGGACGUGCCGGGUCCCUGUGAGCCUGAAGAUCUUAUUGAUGGGAUCAUUUUCGCUGCUAACUAUCUGGGCUCCACCCAGCUGCUGUCUGAGAGGAACCCGUCCAAAAACAUCCGCAUGAUGCAGGCGCAGGAGGCCGUCAGCCGAGUCAAGCGAGUUCAGAAGGCAGCCAAAAUCAAGAAAAAGGCGAGUCCUGAUGGAGACGCCCAGACGCUGACCGAAGUUGACCUCUUCAUCUCCACCCAGCGGAUUAAAGUCCUCAACGCAGACACACAGGAGACGAUGAUGGAUAACGCCCUGCGCACCAUCUCCUACAUCGCUGACAUCGGGAACAUCGUGGUGCUGAUGGCCCGGAGGCGCAUGCCCCGCUCGGCCUCGCAGGACUGCAUCGAGACCACCCCCGGAGCCCCCGAGGCCAAGAAACAGUACAAGAUGAUCUGCCACGUCUUCGAGUCUGAGGAUGCUCAGCUCAUAGCCCAGUCCAUCGGCCAGGCCUUCAGCGUGGCCUACCAGGAGUUCCUCCGAGCCAACGGCAUCAACCCAGAGGACCUGAGUCAGAAAGAGUACAGCGACAUCAUCAACACGCAGGAGAUGUACAACGACGACCUCAUCCACUUCUCCAACUCCGAGAACUGCAAAGAGCUGCAUCUGGAGAAGCAGAAGGGGGAGAUUCUGGGUGUGGUGAUAGUGGAGUCUGGCUGGGGGUCAAUCCUGCCCACAGUGAUUCUGGCCAACAUGAUGAACGGAGGGCCGGCCGCCCGCUCGGGGAAGCUGAGCAUCGGUGACCAGAUAAUGUCCAUCAACAACACCAGCCUGGUGGGCCUUCCACUCGCCACCUGUCAGGGAAUCAUCAAGGGUCUGAAGAACCAGGUGCAGGUGAAGCUGAACAUCGUGAGCUGCCCUCCUGUGACCACAGUCCUCAUCAAGAGGCCGGACCUCAAGUACCAGCUGGGCUUCAGCGUGCAGAACGGCAUCAUCUGCAGUCUGAUGCGAGGUGGAAUAGCUGAGCGGGGAGGAGUGCGGGUCGGUCAUCGCAUCAUUGAGAUAAACGGACAGAGCGUGGUCGCCACAGCCCACGAAAAGAUCGUCCAGGCCCUGUCCAACUCUGUAGGGGAGAUCCAUAUGAAGACAAUGCCAGCGGCGAUGUUUAGGCUCCUAACUGGGCAGGAGACCCCCAUGUAUAUAUGACUGAACUGAGUCUCUGAGACUGGUGAGGAGCCAGUGUGUACUAAAGACUUGUGGAGGAGGAAGACGGCGUGUCUGUGUGGUCUGAGGAUAUCUGUCUCUCGUCAUGCUCCAGAACCUUCGCUCUCUCCUUUCGCUUCACAGAAGAUAACCCGUCACUCUCGGUUCCCCCUAACCCGUUCUUUUACACUCGCCGGUUCCUCUGCUGAAGAGCCGGUGGGUCUGGUCUGUGCCGUGUGUGUGUGUGUGUGUUCCUGCAGUAAGAGUCGCUCUGAUGGUCUGAUUGUGAAAGCUUGAGACGAUGUAUCCUGUUUUUUUUUUUCCUAUAUGCAAAUAAGGAAGGGAAGCUCCUGUAUAUUGAUUUUUGCGCUCCCCUCGUCGUGUUAUUUAUUUUCUAUUAACGAUACCGUGUCUUGCUCCUGUGUGUGGACUCCUGUGUGUGGAAACGUUUGUGCUGUAUAUAUAUAUACAUAUUUACUCAUUCUGAUACAGGAUAGGAAUUGAAAAGCCAGGGUGAGAAGUCCACCCAUGUAACGCCCAAAAAUAGCAGGACUGGAGGCUGAAUCAGAACCGGGAAGAGAGAGAGAAGUUGUUCCAAUAUAUAUAUAAAAAAAAACUGACCUGGCUACACAUCAACACUUUUAAAAUAAUUUAAAAUUUAACAUCUUGCCAGCGUUCCUUUAUAAAUUGCUAAGCUAAUUGGAAGAAGAUUAAUCAAAUAAUCAGUUUAAUCUAACACUGAAUUACUGCAUUGCCAUUCUUUGUCACACUUUCUACAGCACAGAAAAUGGCAAAUUGCUCUUAUAGCCUACAACACUGUGGCCAGACAAACAACCACAUAUCUGAUAUAACUGACUAACCAAGGGAAGGUAUCCCUAGUGGACAAGACUUGGAGGGACACACUCAUAAUGCAAAUAAAUGAUGCCAGGAGCCAAUUGGAAAAUUACAUUUUGUGUAAUGUAAUAAGAAAUGUUAGAUGUUACCAUAUUGUUUAAGUAUGUCUCAGGUGUUUAGUUCAGGUGAUAUUAAUCUUUCGGCAUGUAAAUCAACUCUCAACUGUUUAAAUCUUUAAAAAAAUAAAAACUCUUUAAAAGGAAAACCCUCCAGUUUUUGCUGUUUAUACAGCUUAACUCAAAUGAACAUUGCAGUUUCUGAGCUGCAAAUUCCACUAUUGUACUGAUCUAAUAGACUAAUAGACCUCACUUACUAAUUCAGCAAGUCUAACCGCUGGGUGGUGAGACCUGUAAGCUAAGCUAAGUAAACAAAACAGUAAACAAAACAAUUUUUUUAAAGACAUAUCAGACAAGUCAAAUAAGCAUUGGAUGUUAAUCUACACAGAUUUCUGAAAACUGUUUAUUUGGGUGAGUAAAGCACUUCCGCUUAUUUACAGUUAGCUUAGAUUUCCAGAUUUCCACUAAAGCUGGAGCAUUAGCAUUAGCGGCUAACCGCUAGCAGUUAGCGACUAAUGCCCCCGACAGCACUACCCUGAGUGUUUUUCGUUAAGCCAGGGAGAUAUUAGCUAGCGGUUCGUCCUACGUAGCUGGUUUUAACACAGUAAUCACGCAGACUACAGUCCAAUAUAUAUACUUACCCCUGAAUAGUGAAAGAGCUAACGCUUAGCGUGGUUAGCAGCUAAUGCUAAUACUGCUGGAGAACUAAACUGAAACACUCACUGUAUAAUGCUGUACUUUAGCAGAGUGGCUUUACUGCUCCUUAAUAUCUGACUGGUAAAAUUCAUACAAAUAAAGUGCUCUGACAAUUUUCGGGAAAAUUAAAGGAAUGGGCAUUAUAGUGUGAAAAAUAUGGUUAUAUAUUUUCUCUAAGGAAGGUUUUAAAGGAAUUUACUUCUUGUUUCAAUUCACCAUCACUGAAAAUAUACUAAAUUAGCACAAAACGAUCUGAACAAUACGGAUCUCAAACAUUUAUUUAUGCAGAAUCUAUACAAAAAAGUUUAAAAAAGUGUAUGUCAUGUCAAAACUUGUUUUUUUUUUAAUUUUGGAACAACUUAAAACUUUCCCCACAGUGAAUGUUGACUUCACUCAACAUCGAGGGCUAUAUUUUACCAUCUGUACCAUCUGUAUAUACUCGUUUAACUUCACAUAGUGUAGCAUCAGCAGCAGGAAAUAGGAUUUUUUCAUUAUUCCUGCUGAGAUGAAUGUCUCCUGCUUCCCAGUCUUCAGUUUAUUAAACAUACCACCAGCCUUUACUUGAAUUCAGCUGAAAACAGGCCUCCUGCACCUAAUACCCAGCAGGAGGCGCCGACUCCAUCCGCAGUAACUCAUCUCAAUAAGCAAAUAAUAAAUCACACUGUUAAACAGGGCGAAUGCUACAACUAAUCUCAAUCUUUGUGUGGAAAAUAACAAUAAAUAACAUAAACAUAAAUAACAGCUUUUCUACAUCUUCACCACAAUACACUCCUCCAGCACUCCUCCGGGAACUCCUUACAGCAGUUUUACAGCCCAGAAUCGACUUACCCUGAACUUUUUAAGCACAGAUGACUUGCAGAGUCAGAACUGUCCACAGUGGUGGUCUAUAAACAGCGACACAGACGUCAAUUCUACAUCAGAAAGAUGUUGGAAUAUUAUAUCGGACAGUUAAGUUGAAAAUGAAAAUGCUGAAAUCAAGACUCAACAUUUAACAGACAUUGAUUUUUUGUGGGUAAUCAAGGUGGAAUGUUUGUGAAACAUCACCACAGGGCUGACAGCAAACUUCAAUGUUAGACAGAUGUUGUUAUUAUUGGUUGUUAUUAUUGUGGUUGGGAAUUCAUAUCAGGUUGAAGUAAAUCCAGCCUUUUGUAGACAGUGCAUUGGCUUGGUAAGUCACAUAUUCAUUGAAUACCAACAUUUGGUUGACAGCAAACUCCAACGUUUAGACAGAUGUUGAGUUUUGGUUGGUAACCAAAGUCACAAAUCUGUCAAAACCCAACAUUAGACAGCCGCUGAAUUUUGAUUGGCAAUCCAAGUCACAUAUUCAGCAAAACCCACCAUUGGGAUAACAACAAGCUACACCAUUAGACAGACUUUGAAUUCUGGUUGUUAGUUUAAGUCACAUAUCAGUCAGAAACCAACAUUAGGUUGACAUUAAGCAUCAACACUGAACAGGCUGUACAUUUUGGUUGGUAAUCCAAGUAAGUUACCUGUUACAAAAACAUUGGCUUGAACAUUAGACAGACAAGCUUGAACGUCAGACGGAUGUUAAAUUUUGGCUGGCAAUAAAAUUAUUGGUAGUAACACUUAUUAUUUUAAAUAACAAGUUUACAUCAAGCACCAGCAUUAGACAGACAUUGAAUGUUGGUUGGAAAUUAAAAUCGAGUUGAUGUCAAAACCCAUCAUUGUGUAGAUAUUGAACUUUGGUUGGUGAUUAAAGUCACAUAUGCAUCAAAAAACAACAAGUUUGUCAAGAGUUAACAUCAAGUAUCAAUGUUAGACAGAUGUUAAGUUUUGGUCAAUAUUACAAAGCACAUGUCCAUCAGAUACCACUAUUCGAUUGACAUCAAACUUCACCAUUGUACAGACAUUGUAUUUUUCUUUUACAAAAUCCAUCAAAAACCAACAUUGAGUUGAUAUCAAUCUCCAACAUUAGACAGACAUUCCCAUUUUGGUUGGGAAUGAAACAACAGUGGGUUGACAUCAAGAUCCAAUAUUGGACAGAUGGUGAAUUGGAGUUAAUUGGAGAACGUUAGAAUGUCAUGUUGUGCUGAUGUUAACAAAAUGUUUGAGUAUGGUAUGUUUAGCAGAUGUUGGGUUUUGGUGUUUUAUGUUAAUGUGACUGAAUUUGAAUGAUGUUGGACUUUAAAAGUUAAACCAAACAAACUUUCUGCUCCAACAUUAGACAGACGUUGGAUUUGGGUUAUAUAAAAUACCAUGAUGUACUUAAAACCAACUACAUAUCAACAUUUUAACAACGUUACAAUUUCAAGCAGACGUUGGGUUUUGGCUGUAUAUCCAACUGUGUUGGCAUUUAACUUUGUCCUAAAAUUUUUUUUUGGUCUCCUAAAAUCUUAAUCCAGGGGUGUCCAAACUUUUUUUUGUUGGGGGUCAGAAGGAGAAAUAUAUUUGAAGUCACGGGCCACAGACUCUGUAAUAAAACAAAUAAUGAAAUAUACCACUUUAAAUAAUACAUUUUCCUGAUUAUUUCAUUUACACACCAUUUUACUUGACUUACUAUCUUUAUCUCUGACAGUGUUGUGUAAACUAAGAUUUUUCAAAUUGAUGUUUAAUUUCAUGAUGUCUCUUAAUAUUAAACUCCUUAAUUACGGCAACUUUUAGACUCUUUGGCCCGUUUUUCUGCGCUAAGACUGUGCACUCUCUCCGCUUUUAGACUCUUUGGUCCGUUUCUGACACCUAGCGUUCAAACUUUGAAUCUCACAUUAUAAAAACCUGCUUAACAGCGGGCCAACUUUCAUUCUAUUUCUAAAAUGCCAAAAAAGGAAACGGGCCGCAAAUGGCCCGCGGGUCGUAGUUUGGACACCCCUGUCUCAAUCUAAAUUGAAACAGAUAAUAACAUUUACUGAACGUUGGGGUUCAGCUGGGAUGGAACCACACUUUUAAAGAAUGACGCUUUUUAGAACUGAUGUACAUACAGUAUGAAGCAACAAGCAGCUGAAGGGAAUGUGUUUUUGCUUUAAUUUUUUUUGUAAUGUAAAUUUAUCAGAGGAUGGACUCUUUGUCAUUUAGUGGGCAUUAACUCCAAUUAAGCCAAUCAUUUUACGAUAUUAUGGGUUUUUUUUAACAUGGGAGUGUGCAGAUUUUUGUAAUCGACUACAUGUGAACUACAAUUACUGGGUUCAACCUUUCACAUCAUAAUAAUAAUAACAGUAAUCAGUUAGACUUACGGUUACACACUGUAAAUGACUUUUGUUUUAAAGGCAUACAUGUUGUAUGAGAUUUGAGAGUUUAUUUUUUAAUGUGCUACGUUCAUUUUUGUGUGUGUGCGUGCGUGCGUGCGGGUGUGUGUAUGUGUGUGUGCGCUCAACUGAAAGUCAUUGGAGUCACUUGUGAAUGUAAAUGUGCUGUUAAUAGUGUGUCCAUUACCUAAUGCGCAGUAUUAGAAUGUCUGUACAUAAACCUUGCGGAUCUUGUUUAGUAUUGUGCUCAUGUAGAAAGCCACUGACUCCAGCACCCCCCACCCCGUCCCAGCCCUUUUGUGUCGUCGGGCUUCGGGCCCUGAGGAAAAUACGUUCACACUGUGACCAAAGGCCUUACCGCUGGGUAAGAGAGCUUUUGAAACUGUAAUAAAAGGUGAAACGAGAAAAGCCAACAAAUCACCACGAUAAUUACCUGUCUGCAUGCAGCCUACAAUGUCAUUAUGGCGACCAAAAAAACAAUAAAGUGUAACAUUACCCCUGCCA